AUGGUGACGGAGGUGAACACAAGUCAGGCAUCACAGGUUAUGAAGAAAUCUUAUGUAAAGGCGGUUCAACAGAAACAAGUUUUGGAGAACCAUGACGUAAAAGUUGAAGUUAUUGAUGGGACAGAGAUGGUGGAGAUUCCAGACGACCUUCUCGUUGAUACUGUACCUCUGUGGGAAGAUUUUCUUGAGGGAAAGUUUCUUGAGCCAGCCCCUCAUGUAGCAAAGAUCCAUAUCAUUGUCAAUAAGAUAUGGCCAUUGGGAAAUAAAAAUAUUAAGAUCGAUGUGUUCGUAGUGAAUGAAAAGACGGUGAAGUUCAGGAUCUGUGAUCAACAGACUAGGAGUCGCAUACUGAGACGUGGAGUGUGGAAUAUUGCAGGUAUUCCAAUGAUCCUAUCAAAGUGGGCGCCAUUGGAAGAAAAGGUGGAGGCAGAAACAGAGGUCAAGGUCAUUCCUAUGUGGGUGACGUUGAAGAAUGUACCGCGUAGCAUGUUCUCAUGGAAGGGUCUUGGCUUCAUCGCUAGUUCAGUCGGGAAGCCUGUUAGACUACAUCCAGAAACAGAGUUAUGCUCUAGCUUUGAUGAGGCAAAAAAUUUUGUCAAUGCACACAUGAUAAAGUCACUCCCAACUGCAUACAGAUUUCGUUCUAAGCAGGGGAUAAAUGCAGAUAUUGAGUUCACUUACCCUUGGGUCCCUGCUAAGUGUUCUCUUUGCUCAAAAUGGGGGCAUCAUGAAAAUGAGUGCACCAAGAAGGGUUUAACAGAAACAUAG